UCUCCGAUAGUAAGUUAACAACAACUACAGAAGAACUAAUACUUUCACGAAACCCAGUUAUAAAUCGCUUUUUUAAAGAAAUGGAGGCAUCAAAAAACCAAGGCGUUGUCUUUCUUGAGCUGAGAGAGCGAUUACAGAGCGGCUUGUUAAUUAUACGUCCUGAUGUUGACGCAUCUGAGGUAAAUGUGUCUAGUGGAGACUCGGCGCUAAAAAUCCACGUACCUGAUGCGAUUUAUGAGGUGAAGCUACCCCCAAAGGUCAGUCUAGUGGAGGGUUCAUGUCGGAAGAGUCCGGAGCUGAACGUGGAUGGGCUGCAUGUUAGAGUGCGUUUGAAGGUGGACCAGUGUUCAGAGGCCCAGGACAGUGCAAUUCAACAUCUGAAGGCACAGAGAUGCUAUUGUUUCUUGUGCCAGUCCUGUGGGGCCAUGCUGCUUAAAGACAGGAUUUUCAGGCGAGUACUCCCGUUACCCAAUGGGAACUGGAAUACACUGGUAGAUGAUUGGUGUUGCCAUCCUGAUCCUUUUGCCAACAAGAAGCUUCUUCCUCAACAAGAGGACUGUUUACUUGGUGACACCUACUUCCUCUUGACCCGGGACAGCAGUUGUGACCAAAGCCUUACAAGCAGAGUGGAUUCAUCCGAUGUGAACACUGGCUCUAAUCUGCAUUCUAGAAAGGCACUUGGCCACAGGAAUGUGGUUCUCUGUAAGAAUUGCUGUGCAGUGCUGGGAGAAGCAGUCACGACAGAUGUUUUAAAAUUCUAUAUAACUGAAGUGGUGGUAAGGCAAAGUGACGAUGGAGAGUAUACCAUACCACAAAAUAGGCAAGUACUGUUGAAUUGUAUAUGCAACACACCUAAAUACUUACUGCAUUGUGGAAAUGUGUUUAAAUCAGGGGUCACAAAUUUCAGCCUGGAAGUCCAGCACAUUACAUUUUUAAUUCUGAUCAUUUUCUUAUCCAGACAGCAGUUCCUAGAAACAGCCCUUGGGUCCAGACUUGUUGAGCUGUCAUCUGCUCAAAGCAUAUUUCGCUUUUCCAUCCAGACACCAAAUGGUAAAGCUGUGAUCAUGCUUUGGCUCUUGAAUAUGGACACUCUGAUUGCUUCAUUCUCUGAGAAAGUCAUCAGCAGUGACAUCCUCGUCUCCGCCAGUGACCGUCAUCCCAAUAAACAUCAGUCAUGCAAGGCAGUUAUGGCAAUCAAAGUCCUUUACCUCCCCUGCACUCACGGUCAACGGGAUGAAGCUGUUGAUGCAUGGGAGAAGGAUAUCAGUGUUCACCCUCUGAUCCUCCCUCAGAGCACAUGUGAGGAGGUGCUGCAGCUCCUGAGCUCCUCUACCGAAACACUGCCCUCCUCACUGUGCUCAAUGAACUGCUACCAGGUGGCGUAUUUGAGAAGAUGAGUUUGUGAGUUAGAAGUGGGUCAGAAUGUGCAGAAUCCAUUUAAUAUGCAUCAUGGGAUCAUUGUGUUUAUGGAUUUAGACUAUUAGUAAUAAACAUUGAAUAUUAAAAACAUACCCAUUUUAUAUAUUACUUCAUUACUUCACUGUUGUAAUAAAAGUCAGUAUGUUAUAUCGAA